AUGUUUUCUUUCUUUAUAUUCCUUUGCAGAAGUGAAACCACAUUCACAUAUGAUGAUGCAACAAAGACAUUAACUAUUAAUGCAGAUUCUUACUAUGAUUACAACAAAAUUGACGAGAUUUGUCCAGGAAGACCAUUUACUAAAGCUAUUUACACAGGAACUUACCAAGAACUUGUAUCUUCAACAUUUAGGAACUCAAGAUUACUUACCACAGUUGAAAUCGGCGAAAAUGUUAAAAGUAUUAAUAUGUAUGUCUUUACAAACUGCGUUUCUUUAAGAGAAUUCAUUAUUCCUCCAAACGUAGAAUCUAUUGGCCAGUAUUGCUUCAAAGGAUGCACAGGUCUUACCUCAAUAAAAUGGCAUAGAUCUAAUAUGGAAUUUAAUAUAUUUUGUUUUGCCGGAUUGACAUCCUUAGAGACAUUUACACAGGCUGAAGGUGACAAUACUACUGAAGUACCCGGAAAAAAGCAUAUUUACUAUGAAAAGUGUUUUAGAGAUUGUUCAAAGCUCAGAACAGUUAUCCUUCCUCCAAAUGUAGGUAACCUUGAUUUGUAUACUUUCUACGGCUGCAAAUCUUUGACAGGAUUUGUCUUCCCACCAGAACUUAAGAAAUGCAGAUGCCAUUGCUUCGAAAACUGCGAAUCCUUAACAGAGAUGGACUUAAGUAACGUUGAAUGGCUCGGAAACUACGUUUCAGAAUUAUUUUUUCAAACAAGCUUCGUGACGUCAUGGGCAAUACAUUUAAUGGAUGUGUCAAACUCCCAGAACUAA